AUGGAACAAGAGCUUAUCGAGUUAUUACUAGCAGCUAAAAAGGCACUCUCUACUGGCCAGAAUGUGUGCGCACAAGCUAAUACCCGCUCCCAAGAGUCUGGAAAACAUGUAGAAGUGAUUGAGAAGACAUGGCCAAAGAUUUUAUUUCUCCACAAUCACAUUGUCAGUCAAUUCAGUACACUUGAACGCAUUCGAGAUUUCAUUUUAAUCAAGACAGAUGAAGCACGAAACUGCAUAAAGGAUCAUGAGACUACUCUGGCCAAUGUCUCGAUGGAGUUGACUACAAUCUUUGAGAUGCUCAAGGAUUAUUCUGUGGAUGAGGCAAUACUUAAAGAGAAUCAUAAAAGAGCUAAUCAAUUCCAAAGUGGAAUGGAAGCAAGUGGAGUGUCACCUAUAUCUCAGAAUACUACGCUUUUCAAUUAUAUCGACGACCAAGCUGUAUUGGAAUUACAGCGACAAACAGACGAUGAAAUUGGUGAAAUUGAAAAUGUGUGUUCUUCAUUGAUUGCCAUGACAAAUACACUUUCUGCUGCCAUGGGCGAGUUAGAGAUUUUGCAGGAAUCUGCGCUGUCCAUAUCGCUGGACGAGGGAGCGUCUAAUUUUGCCAAUGAGAAGACUCAAAUUCAAGAAGACGAAAUCUCAAAGAUGGCAGACAUUUUGACAAGUCUUACAAACCAUUAUGACCAGCUUGGAGAAGCUACAAGGUUGUGCCAGUCGGAGCCAGAAGCAUGCAAGCAACUGGAUAUUUCAGUGCUGCAGGAUGACCACGAUCAUGUACCAGAUAUCCUUGAAGACUUACGAGAAUCUCUAGAGAUCGUAGAGUCUGUGAGUGAAGAGACCAGAGUACGAAUGAAAGUGUACCUGUCAGUCCAAAAAGAACUCAUAAGGGUUCUUACAGAACUUGAAUUAUUUGGAUCCCCAAGAGGAGUAGUGGACACAGUUUAUGAAAAGAUGCUGAGUGCAGAGACUGAGAUGAAUGAGAGCAAACAUAAUCUGGAUGCUCUGUUAAAACAGUUAAUGGAUCUUGCUGAGCGGUAUCGAUUAUAUCUCGAGUCAUACAACCACCUGGUAUUGGAAGUUGAGCGUCGCAGAAGGGUUGUGGAACAACAGGAAAGACAACAAAAAGAACUUAUUCGUGCCGCUGAAGAGAGUUACAACAACGAGCUAGAAGAACGCCGGGCAUGGUUUAACCAACAUGGACAGUAUUUACCAGACGCACUUUGUCCUUUUAUAUUCGAUAUGCCUACGAUAUUAACGGUCAACUUGGAACCAAACACAAUGAGGCUCCCUGAAGUAUCCAAAUCGAGCAUUCAAAAGGCCAUCUCCGAUAUCCACCGUAACAAGCCAUCCUCAUGAGAGGUUGUAGGUUGUGAAUGUUUUUUUUCUUUGGUUUUUUUAAUAAUAUACACAAUAACUGAAACUGUACAAUAAAGACACUUGAAACCAUCUUUCUUU